CCCCCCACUGACUCUGCUCUGAUUUUCUCACAUACCCUGGUUUUUAUCCGGGGUGAUUCCUGUUAUGGUUUGGUGAAUUUGGAUUUUCCCCACCCGGAGACCAGAAACAACGAGUAGAACAAAGUAGUAGAAGAAGAAGAAGAGAACAGCAAUGUCUGGUUAUUCUUUCUUGAACGAUGAGCUCUCUAAACGUACCUCGAUUUUCGGGUUGCGCUUAUGGGUUGUUCUCGGUAUCUGCGUAGGAGCCGCCAUAGUUCUUGUUCUCUUCUUCAUCUCUCUCUGGUUCACCUCAAGACGCAAGAGCAACAGCUGCAUCCCCCGCAACUCCUCCUCCAAGAACAAUUCCGCCACUAUCCCUAAUGUCUCCAGGGAAAUCCAGGAGAUCCGUAUCGACCCAUCUCGCCACCAUCCCCACCCGACUCUGGACUCGAAGACCCACAACCAAGGUCCUAACCCGGAAGCAUUGCCCGAAUCGGAGCCAAUCUCGGUUCACAACCAAGACGAGGAGAGCCCUGUUGGUACACGCAAGAGAAUUCAUAUUGAAAUUGGUAAGGAUCAUCGUAUUUCAUACCCGGAGCGAGUUGGAGGGUCGUCACAUGAGAGUGGAGAGACCCGGUCUAGUGAUCAGGGGCCAGUCAUGGCGGUCCCGGAGGUUUCACAUUUGGGUUGGGGACACUGGUAUACUCUGAGAGAGCUUGAGGUGGCUACUAAUGGAUUUGCUGAUGAGAAUGUGAUUGGUGAAGGUGGAUAUGGGAUUGUUUAUCAUGGAGUUAUGGAGGAUAAGUCAAAAGUUGCUGUCAAGAAUUUGCUAAACAACAGGGGUCAGGCUGAGAAGGAGUUCAAGGUUGAAGUUGAAGCAAUUGGCCGUGUUCGGCACAAGAACUUGGUGAGGCUGCUGGGUUAUUGUGCUGAAGGAGCUCAUAGGAUGCUUGUUUAUGAAUAUGUUGAUAAUGGAAAUUUAGAACAAUGGCUUCAUGGAGAUGUUGGCCCGUAUAGCCCUCUUACAUGGGAGAUUCGAAUGAAUAUAGCUCUUGGAACAGCCAAGGGGUUGACAUACCUGCAUGAGGGGCUUGAGCCUAAGGUGGUUCAUCGGGAUAUCAAAUCAAGCAACAUUUUGCUUGACAAGCAAUGGAAUGCAAAAGUAUCCGAUUUUGGCCUUGCAAAGCUCUUGGGCUCAGAGAGAAGUUAUGUGACAACCCGUGUGAUGGGAACAUUUGGGUAUGUGGCUCCAGAAUAUGCAAGUACUGGAAUGUUAAAUGAAAGGAGUGACGUAUAUAGCUUUGGUAUUCUUCUUAUGGAAAUAAUUUCUGGCAGAAAUCCGGUAGAUUAUAGCCGCCCGCAGGGAGAGGUGAACCUGGUAGAAUGGCUGAAAACAAUGGUUACGAAUCGAAAUGCAGAAGGAGUCUUGGAUCCUAGAUUGCAGGAGAAGCCUUCUUCCCGGGCACUAAAGCGUGCCUUAUUGGUAGCUUUGCGUUGUGUGGACCCAAAUGCUCAGAAUACGCAGAUGGGGCAUGUGAUACAUAUGCUUGAAGCUGAUGACUUCCCUUUCCGAGAUGAGCGUAGGACUGGACGAGAGCACGUUCGUUCACUGCAGGAUGGGGUGAGAAAUAGGUUGAUGGAGAAGCAUGUAAGUGAAUCAGGUGACAGUAGUGGGUAUGAAAGUUGUGCACAGACCAGUCGGUCACUGUGGACAAAGCAGGAACCUGCGGAAUAAUAGCUGGCUAAAAUCAUGUAUAAGGUGAUUUACAUUUCUUGUUUGUGUCCCUUCUUAUUUUCCCAUCCAAAGGUUAGGAUGAGUAAUUUCUGCCUGUAUAUGUAAUUCAUAUGGUUUUGAGUCUGCAUUAUUUGUAGAUUAUGUCAUUUCCUGUUACCAUAGGCUAUGUAAUUUAUAUCUUGAUUAAUGCUUUUUUUAAGAGGCUCACCUAGGUAUUAUAGAUGAUACUAUCUCAAGUUCUAUUAA